UGACGUUGUCACUGUUCUUUGGAUUGUGUUGGAUUCAGUUGGACUGAUGAUUGAUGAUUGAUGAUUGAUGUGCGUUACUUUUAUCACGAGUGAAGCGUUAAAAUUUUUCACUUCUUUAAGAUGGAUUAUGAAACAUUUUCUUUGAUUAUGCUGCUGAUAUGGAUGCUUUAAAUGGAAAUUGUAUAAUGUAUGCCAUGUGACGUUUGGUUUUGCAACGAUCAACACUUUAGAUCGAAAACAAAUUUACACGAAUGGCAAUAUUAAUUGAGAGAAAGCAUUUUUACUGCUUUCAUUUUAAACAAAUAUCAUCAAAUUGACAAUAGUAUGUGAUACCUUACUAGUAUUGGUUACAUGGCAAAAGAAAGGAAAAUAGCGUUUUCUGUCGAGAUACUCGAUCAAAGAUACUCGAAAAGAUCGUAAAAGGUGCUCGAGCAAAAUGAACAACCAAACGAUUAUUUAUUGGAAGGAAGAACACAAGUUUAGGAAUAUUUUCCAUCGUAACGAUAAGGUUCAGUACUUUUCUUUGAAAGACGUAGGAUUUUGAUUUUAUUUAUUGUUGAAAAACCAGUCGAUAAUCCGUUUGGUAAACAAUGAGAUUCAAACUGUUUAUAUCGAUGAUCCAUUUGAUCAUCGGUACUUUGUACAUCCAUGUUGUCGGAGAAAACGCAGCAGAAUCCCGAACAAAAUCAAAUGACGUUCAGCCACCUUUGGACAGAGAAUACACAGACAAACACAAACAAAAUACAGAAUUGAUACCAGAACAUGACGAUCCUUUGCUGAUGUUUUCCACGUUAGAUGGCUCGCUGAUAGGUAUAGAACAACGUUCUGGAAAGGUGCUUUGGCGGCAAAGCGAUGAACCAAUCGUCAAGGUACCGGUAGAUCUAGCGACAACUUCUACACCUAUGUUUUUACCCGAUCCAAAAGAUGGUUCUUUAUACGUAUUUGGAGCAGAAACCGAAGCAGUGAAAAAACUACCAUUUACCAUUCCUCAACUCGUAGCGAAUAGUCCUUGCCGUAGUAGCGAUGGAAUAUUGUAUACCGGUAGAAAGAUAGAUACCUGGUUCGGUGUCGAUCCCCGAACUGGCGAAAGGGAACAACUUCUUGGAUUUGAUAAGGUUAAAAAUACUUGUCCCGUCGAGAUGCAGAAUGCUGUCUUCGUUGGACGUACCGAAUAUAACAUCAUUAUGGUGGAUAGCAAACAAAAGAAUCGCAAAUGGAACGUUACGUUUUACGAUUAUUCUGCUACGAAAAUGGAACCCGAUGGGAUAGAAAAUUACGAGUUGGUUCACUUUACGACGAGUUCGACCGGACGCAUCGUCACCGUAGACAGAAGAUUGGGAGUCGUCCUAUGGGAACUCGAUUUACAGAGUCCAGUAAUAGCUGUGUAUAUUGUAAGGGAAGACGGCUUGCUAACAGUUCCCUUUACUAGCGUUGCUGACGAAACUUUGGAUCUGCUUCUGAAACGUUUUGCAAAAAAACCGAGCGACAUUCAGUUAUUUCCAACGUUAUACAUCGGUCAGCACAGACACGGACUUUACGCUUUACCAUCUCUGGUCGAUUCAACAACGGCUACGGUAUCGAGUAACAUUGGACAGUUAUUGUUGGAAGGUCCGUUAUCGGUUCCUCGAUUGGCUGAAAACGGGAACCGAAAGACACCUUUAUCGGAUGAUCGCGUACACGCGGCCACCACAACAACCACCACCACCGAUACCGUUGCUCAGAUGGGGUAUCAAACUGUCGUAAGAUUAGGUUAUUACGAAAUACCGGCUGAAUAUAAAUUACAAGAUGAACCGCCGCUUCAAAUUACCGGUCGAUCCGAUCCUGUGAUCGAAACGUUACCAUUACGAUACUCGAACACAACGAAAGAAGCAUCAUCGUUUGCCUUGCAACCUGAUGACGAAUCAAACGACGACGCGACCGGUAAUGGUAAAUCUUGGCACGAGUUUCUAAGAAAUACUUACGCUACGAGCAAAAGUUGGUUCAGUCAACAAGAAAAUAAAGGGUUGAAAUUAACGUUGAUUAUAUUGCUAGGAUGCAUAUUAACAAUGUUUUGGUACUUGAACGCACAGUUAAAAGAAUUUCAACAACUUUCUCAGCAGAGCUCUCGAGGAAGCAAUCGAAGCGUGGAUUAUUAUGGAACGCGAUCGAACGCGUUGCUCGCAGUCCCGGAAGAUAUAGGAGAAGGGGUGGUGAAGAUUGGAAAGAUAACUUUCGAUACGGGUCAAGUUUUAGGCAAAGGGUGCGAGGGAACGUUCGUGUAUAGGGGUGAAUUCGACGGUCGUUCGGUGGCCGUGAAGCGUUUGUUACCGGAUUGCUUCAGUUUCGCCGAUCGAGAAGUAGCACUGCUCAGAGAAUCGGAUGCGCACGCGAACGUUGUACGAUAUUUUUGUACCGAGCAGGAUAGAAUGUUUAGGUAUAUCGCUUUGGAACUAGCAGAAGCAACUCUGCAAGAUUACGUUGCCGGUAAAUACGAUAGACUAAAGAUAUCGGUGAAAAGUAUUUUACGACAGGCAACGUCGGGUCUAGCUCAUCUACAUUUUCUCGAUAUAGUGCAUAGAGACAUAAAACCGCACAACGUAUUGUUGUCGACACCAGGACCACGGGGAGAAGUUCGAGCUAUGAUAUCGGAUUUUGGUUUGUGCAAGAAGCUCCAAUUAGGUCGCGUGUCAUUUUCACGUAGAUCGGGUGUAACUGGAACGGACGGUUGGAUUGCACCAGAAAUGUUGAACGGAAGCAGAACCACUUGCGCCGUGGACAUCUUCUCUCUUGGUUGUGUUUUUUACUACGUCCUGUCCGAUGGAAAACAUCCAUUCGGAGAUCCGUUGCGGCGACAGGCUAAUAUUUUAUGCGGAGAAAGCGAUUUGACGGCCCUUCACGAUGGAAUUUCUCAAAGCGACAAGGAAUUGGCGUUGGUACUUAUAAAAGCGAUGAUCGCAAAUAAUCCGUCGGAACGACCACCCGUAACGGCCGUCCACGAUCAUCCGAUCUUUUGGGAAUCCGUUCGAGUUCUUGGAUUUUUUCAGGACGUGAGCGAUCGCGUAGAAAAAGAACAAGCAGAUAGUUCGGCACUGAUAGCAUUGGAAUCUGACAACGGUCGCGUUGUACAGGGUGAUUGGAGGUUGUCGAUCGACGUACAAGUUGCAACCGAUCUUCGAAAGUAUAGAAGCUAUCGAGGCGAAAGCGUUCGAGACUUACUAAGAGCGUUACGAAACAAGAAACAUCACUACAGAGAACUCAGUCCACAGGCUCAAGAAAGUCUCGGGGAUAUUCCCGAUAAAUUCACCGAUUACUGGCUUUCUAGAUUUCCUUGUUUGCUUUCGCACGUUUGGUGCGCGAUGCAAGCAUUCCGUGACGAGUCAACGCUAAGGGAUUAUUAUCACGUCGAUUACAUGUUUGCAACUAGUUGCGAAACGGUAUCUACAGGAAAGGUUAGACAUUCUACGAACGAUACGUUUGCAGAAAAUUCCUGGAGAGUCCGCGACAGUAUCGACUGGAGUCCGAACAGAACACGAUAUCGUGGUCAACGAAGAAAACAAGAGAAGAAAAAAAUUAACGCCCCGCUUACUUGGACCUUACCGUCGUCGAGCUAGUGAAGUCGGAUGCAACGCGCCAAAGUGUCGUCGAUUUUGUUUUUCUCGCUUAUUACGAUUGAAACGAGAAACUAACUACCUUGCAUCUUGGAAUUGUAAUUUUACAUAUUUGCUUCGAUCGACAAAAGGACCAUUAUUACCCGAUACGAACACUUGCAAAUACUUGUAAAUAUAGUAUAGGAUAUCAACGAGGAUUUAAGUUUAUUAUCAUUAAGUGAUAAUGAUAACGGUGAUGAUGAUGAUGAUGACAAGAAAAGAACAGUAGUGAACAGUAGAAUAAUGAUACAAGAAAUACGUUUAAUGAAAAUUCGAUAAACGUCUAUGUUGGAUAAAACGUCUACGAGAUAGGAUAAAUUGUACAAUUUAAACAUAAAUAGAUACAUGUAUAUCUUUUACACACAAUUUGUAUAACUGUAGUAGGUAACGAAACCACAGACAGUGAUAAUAUAAAGGAUCAACAACCUUUCGAAA